ACGCGCGUCUGCGCAGAACAGGCUGUAAAAGGUAAAUAAAGAAAACACAUGUUUGCGUUCGCGUCCAUCCUGAGGACGAGCAGCUUUCGGUCCUGCAGCCGCCCGAGGAAACCUCCGCUCCACAGAAUCGACUCUAAAAUGUCGUCAGACUCUCAUUGGCUGAGCCCGGCUGACCGGGAUCAGCUGGUGAUGGAGCUGCGGGCGACGGGCUGGAUGGAGGUGGAGGACCGCGACGCCAUCUUCAAGGAGCUGCACUUUAAAACGUUUAAUCAGGCGUUUGGCUUCAUGUCUCGAGUCGCUCUGCAGGCGGAGAAGAUGAACCAUCAUCCAGAGUGGUUCAACGUUUAUAACAAGGUCCAAAUUACUCUGACCACUCAUGACUGUGGAGGGAUUUCUAAACGGGACGUCAAAAUGGCCAAAUUCAUUGACAAAAUUGCACUUUCAAUGUAACGUCUUCACACGUUGUGCUGAGGUGUAAUUUUAGUAACUGGGAUUUUUCCACUUGGUUCUUUUGUUUUUCAUCAAUAAAAUGUGUGAAAAUGGA